UUUGCACUUACACUGUCGCGUUUAUGACAUCAUCAAUGUUGGCGGCAUUUUGAAAAAGAAGCGUUUUGUUCCGUACUGUUUACUUUAGUCAGUUCAGCUUAAUCAGAAAUGGAUGACGUUAAACAGGGCAACCAGGCUCUAACGGAAUUGUCAGAAGCUGCCCAGGUGGAGCUAGUGAACCAAUGUGAGCAACAGUUUGCUCAGCUCGAUAAGCUUCAAAACAAGAUCAUUCUAUGUGAGCCAGACCAAUGUGAAAAUACUCAAGCGCAGUCUGUUAAUCAGCUGUUAGCAACCGAAGCGGAAAUGAAGCAGUGGCUUACAGUGGAACCGAGGCUGCUGGCAGAAAACUCUGAAGUGUUACUGAAAGCUGGAAAAGAGGAGAUGCUCAAGCUAUGCUCUGAACUUGAGAUGGUUCUCUCUUGCUAUGAAGCAAAGCGGGACAAUCUGCGAGAAACGAAAGAACUUGAACAAAAGUGGUUGGAGGAAAAAGGACAGGUGCUAAGUGCUGCCACUGAGCAUGCUAAGCGACUACAAGAACAAAGUGAGAAAUUAUCCGAUCACAGUGUUCUUCUGGAAACCAAGGACAAGAUCAAUAAAAUGAAAGACUACAAGGAAAAGCUGGUGGAGUCUCUGGGAUACAUCCUAGAAAAAUAUGUUCCUCCUCCAUGCGAUGACCUCAAAACAAACAAGAAGAACAUUCCAAAUGAUGUAAAUGAAGACUUCAUUUCCCUUAAUGAUAUUCUGGAGGCACUCAUGAACAAGGUCCUGACCACGCCACAUGACCCGUAUGUGGCAAUAGACUCCACUCUGUGGCCACCGUAUGUAGAGAUGCUGCUCCGCCAUGGUAUCGCUGUAAGACAUCGGGAGAAUAACUUCAAGUUUCGCCUGGAAACUUUUUUCUGAAGCUGUGGUGUAUUUUGCGUUAAUUAACUGGACCAAUCCUGAACCUGCUUUUCCUUGUCUUUCCUAAUUUAUAUUUAUGUUGCUUUAGUUGCAUGUAUACAAUUCUCAUAUGCCAAAAUGCCUUUGGUGGCACAGCCGCACAAUCUAUUGGAUCCAAUGAAAGUGUCUUUUUCAAAAACAAUACUGCAUGCUAAUUUUGAUGGCCAUUUUGAGCUGGAUAACAUUGGUCAACAGCAUUUUUUAAUCAGCGAAGGCUUUGUGUUCCUCAUUGUAUUUUUGACCUUUAUAUUAAAAAAGAAUCUGUAAUUUAUAGCUCUGACAUUUCAGAAGAAAAUUCCACCUUUUACUGAACUUAACCACUGAAUCAUAACUAUUACCAAAUAUUAUUACGAUUUUACAUAUUAUAUUAUUAUUCCUCCAUCCACCAUUAUCUGAACCACUUCAUUGUCACGAAGGUCACGGGCAUAUUGAAGCCUCUGUCAAAUCUCCUAGAUAGGCUCCAACAUGCCCGCUUCGCUUGGCCAUUUGCAAUAAAGCUUGUUCUGUGUUGGCG